CUCGGACUGGCCGUCCGCACCUCCCGCGGAGCCCGGACCCGGCCUGCUGGCGCCGCGUUGCAUGCCGGAGCUUGUAGUUCUCUCUGGAAGUCCUGAAAGGUUGAAUACCGACAACACCAAAGGAAGAUGGUCCUCCCCCUGUAACGCCUACAUAUCCAAUAGAAAUCCAUAGUUUAUCCCACACAUUGCAGGGGGUAUGUUCCGUUCUAAUGCGCUAUCUCUUAAUGGGCAGCCCCACCCUUCUCGUCCUGCGGGAGAAGGGAGGCGGUGAGUUCCGCGCAACUGCCAGGACCUUCUCGUCCCGUCAUCCCUCGCGCCAAGAUGUCGGCGGCUAUCGCCGCGCUCGCCUCCUACGGCGGGUCCGAUUCGGAGCCCGACUCAGAGCCGGAGGCUGAAGGCGGCUCCCAGAGUGCCGCUGUGGUCGCCACCCGCGACGCCGUGCUGCACCUCCGGGCGCCGCCCGCCGCUCCAGGGGCCCUGGCCGUGGACGCGGCCCCGGAAGUAGCUGUGAAGGAAGAUGUGGAAACAGGAGUCCACCUUGAUCCUGCUAUCAAGGAAGUUCAGUACAAUCCCACUUAUGAUACCAUGUUUGCACCUGAGUUUGGACCAGAAAACCCAUUUAGGACUCAACAGAUGGCUGCACCCAGAAAUAUGCUUUCUGGAUAUGCAGAACCAGCUCACAUCAAUGAUUUCAUGUUUGAACAACAAAGAAGAACCUUUGCAACCUAUGGUUAUGCAUUAGAUCCCUCCAUAGAUAACCCUGAAGUUGCUACUAAAUAUAUUGGUUCUGUAGAAGAAGCUGAGAAAAAUCAAGGUUUAACAGUGUUUGAAACAGGACAAAGAAAAAUUGAAAAAAGGAAGAAAUUCAAGGAGAAUGAUGCAUCCAACAUUGAUGGUUUUCUGGGACCAUGGGCAAAGUAUGUUGAUGAAAAAGAAGUAGCCAAACCAUCAGAAGAAGAACAGAAAGAGUUGGAUGAAAUAACAGCUAAGAGGCAGAAGAGAGGAAAAAUAGAAGAUGAUAAACCUGGAGAGGAGAAGACUAUAUUACAUGUUAAGGAAAUGUAUGACUACCAGGGGAGAUCAUACCUUCAUGUCCCUCAAGAUGUUGGAGUUAAUCUCCGUUCUACAAUGCCACCUGAAAAGUGCUAUCUUCCAAAGAAACAAAUCCACGUGUGGUCUGGACAUACAAAGGGUGUCAGUGCAGUUAGAUUGUUCCCUCUCUCUGGGCAUAUACUGUUGUCUUGCUCUAUGGAUUGCAAAAUUAAGCUGUGGGAAGUAUAUGGAGAUCGAAGAUGUCUACGAACAUUUAUUGGACAUAGCAAAGCUGUUAGAGACAUCUGUUUUAAUAAUGCUGGCACUCGGUUUCUUAGUGCUGCUUAUGACCGCUACCUUAAACUCUGGGACACUGAAACAGGGCAGUGUAUUUCAAGAUUCACAAACAGGAAGGUUCCUUAUUGUGUCAAGUUCAAUCCUGAUGAAGAUAAACAAAAUCUCUUUGUUGCAGGAAUGUCAGAUAAGAAAAUUGUGCAGUGGGAUAUUCGAAGUGGUGAGAUUGUGCAGGAAUAUGAUAGGCAUUUGGGAGCUGUCAACACCAUUGUGUUUGUGGAUGAAAAUAGAAGGUUUGUGAGUACAUCUGAUGACAAGAGUUUAAGAGUCUGGGAAUGGGACAUUCCUGUAGACUUCAAAUAUAUUGCUGAGCCAAGUAUGCAUUCAAUGCCAGCUGUGACUUUGUCUCCAAAUGGGAAAUGGUUGGCUUGCCAGUCGAUGGAUAACCAAAUUCUGAUUUUUGGAGCUCAGAACAGGUUCAGAUUAAACAAAAAGAAAAUUUUCAAAGGUCACAUGGUAGCUGGCUAUGCUUGUCAAGUGGAUUUUUCACCUGACAUGAGCUAUGUGAUAUCUGGAGAUGCAGAUGGAAAACUUAACAUCUGGGAUUGGAAGACAACAAAACUCUACAGCAGAUUAAAAGCACAUGAUAAAGUCUGUAUCGGUGCAGUGUGGCAUCCACACGAAACAUCUAAAGUCAUUACGUGCGGCUGGGAUGGUCUUAUUAAACUAUGGGACUAAAGAGGAUGCUACAGAGAUCUCAGGAUUUAAGUCCUGUAUACAUCUGAGAUUAGAACAAAUUCUGUAAGGAUGAGUAGGAGUUUGUAAUACUGCAGUUCUCAGCUAGCUGUAUGUAUGCACUAAAAAAUGGGAAAUCUUCUAAAGACACAACUGAAAGGAUUUACUUCUCAGUAUGACCUCUGGGUAUGAGAAGCUGAGGUCACCUGAAGCAUGUGGAACCAAGUGUUGUCAUGUCACUGUUUAUGCAAAACUCUCUUGUAAAAUAAAAUAAUUUUAAGGCAAACUAUUUUUGUGGUUCUGACUGCCAGAGAUGGGGGGAGUUAGAAGAGAAAAUGAGCAAUUGUGUAACUUGCUUCCUAAGAAGUAAUCUUUGAUACCUACUGCAAUAGAGCUGGAAAUUCUGCAUUUCUUUAUCUGGUUUUGGGUGGCAUUUUGUUGUCCCCAGUACUUCUACAUUUAUAGAACACAAGCCCAUUUGCUAAGAUCUUUUAACUCGCAAUACAAAUGAAGAACUAAUUGGAAGCUAGCAGCUGUCAGAUAAACUGUAUCCACUGAAGACUAUUCAUGAACUCUUAUUUCUGCCUGCCUUUACCAAUAGCAUCAUGCUGAUCACCGAGUUUCAUCUUUGCAAGUAGUCAUUGAUUUGAAUCAAGAGUUUGCUUGUAAUGGUUGUGUAUUAAGUGUUUGUUUUUUCUCUUCCCAUAUGCUUUUAUGUUCCAAUAAGCAUGACAUGUUUAAAAAAAAGAUGUAAUAUUGCUAGUUCAGUUUGGAAUACAUUGUAUUAUAAGCCCCAUAAAGGAUUUGCCAGUUUAAUGUAUAUAGGUGGGUCAUACCUUUUCCUCUUUAAAGAACUUAUUUUUAAUAAAUCUUUUUAUAAAAA